AUGAGUAUAAAUGAAUCAUGUUGAUAUUUGUAUUACAAGUUGUUCUGCAAGGAGUUAUUUGUACAAUUCAAUUUCGCAGUCAAGAUUAUUAUGUAGAAGAAAAAAAUUACAACAGUGUAGAUGUUUUUGUGGAUUCUAGUAAAAUACAGCUUGAUGAUAUUAUGUUUCUUUGCGAGUUAUCAUCAAAUGCGUCAAGUGAUUUUUUAAUCUUAGAUGCUGUUGGGAAAAUUAAAGCUUCUACUUCAUCUGGUUUUUGUCAAUUUACAAUUAUAGAUGAUGACAUUCCUGAAGCAAGCGAAACGUUCUCUGUUUCAUUGAAACUUCUUCAUGGCAACACUACUGUUCAGCCAAAAAAUGUUAUGAUUACGAUUCUUCCAAGUGAUAACCCAUUUGGUUGUAUCGGUUUUUUAACUCCUGCAAAUGUAAUUACAUUGUCAGAGCCAAAUGAUGGGAAUGAAAAAGUAUAUGCAAAGUUUUUAUUAAAAAGAUAUGGCGGUACAAUAGGAGAAAUGGUUGUCACAUGGAAGAUCUUGCAAAAUACUCAAGAUGUCUAUCCAACAGAAGGGAUUAUUAAUUUUAUCCAGGAGCAAUCAAAUGAGACUCUGGUUAUAGAAGUGCUGCCAGAUAAUAUUCCUGAAGCUGAAGAAAUAUUUUCAAUCACAAUAAAAAGUGCUAGUGAAGGUGGGUGCAUAUUGACAAACGCAAGUGAGGCUGAACUGAGAAUAAAAGAAAAUGAUGCACCAAUCCAAUUUCAGAGUUUUCAAACCUAUGGUUUUGAAGGUUCUAUUUUAAAAGUAAUGGUGUUAAGAGGACUGGACCUUUUUGGGAGUAGAGUCGGAUCAAUAUCCGAAUAUGCUUCUGUGGUUUAUAAAACUGUUCCUUUAUCUGCAACUCCAGGAAGUGAUUAUCUAGAUAUAUCUGGAGUGCUUGUAUUUGAGAGUGGGAUUACUAGAAAAGAAAUUUCUAUUCAAAUAUUUAGUGAUCUGAUUCCCGAAUUAAAAGAAACUUUUAAAGUUGUUUUGUUUAAUGCCUCAAAUGGAAUUUUAGGAAAUUUAACUGAGAUUGUUGUUGAAAUACCAGAGAAUGAUGACCCAUAUGGACUAUUAGUAUUUGAUCAGUCUUUAGUUGUUAUUGAAGAAGAUCAGGAUGCAUUUGUUAAUGUUUAUAUCAAUCGAACUCGCGGUAGUUUUGGAAACAUUUCAGUAUUUUGGAAAAUAAAUGGAACAAAUUUAGACUCUGUUUUUGAAGAAACUUCAGGUUUUCUGCAAUUUUUAUCUGGUGAAAUAUUUAAGAAAAUUCUUAUAAAAGUAACAAAGAAUAAUAUUCCUCAAGAAGCAUCAUUAUUUACAUUAGAGCUGGUUAAUGUUACUGGAGAGGCAAGGUUUGAAAACUCUGCAUUUAAACCAACAGUUCAGAUAAUUGUUACUGAUAAUGACAAUGCUUAUGGUACCUUUGGAUUUUCUUCAGAGGAAACAGCUGUUUUUUUAUCUACAACUCCACGAAGUUUAAGCAUAAAGCUAAUACGAGAAGGUGGAACACUAGCGGAUGUUGCUGUUUAUUAUUCCAGCUAUUAUUUUUUCAAAAGUUCUAUUAAUAUGUCUUCAUCAGCAAUUGUAAAUCCAAAUGGAACUGUUGUUUUCAAAUUUGGACAAUCAGCUCAAUUUAUAGUUGUAGAAAUUAAAAAUGAUGUUUUUUUAAGUGCAGAUUCUUAUUUUAUUGUCGAGCUUGAUAGCAUUAUGAUUUCAAAGUCAACUCUUGUUCCACCAUCAUCACCACAAUUAAGUAUAGAAAGGUCAAAGAGAAUUAAUAUUACUAAUAACUUUGCAAAUGGUGAAAUAGGAUUUUAUAAUAUUCCAGUAUACAUUUAUGUUUCUGAGCCAAGUGAAGGUUACAUUGAUGUCAAUUUAACAUUAAUGCGUGAUGGAACAGCAUCUAACACUAAAGUCUUGUGGAAAAUUUCCAGCCCAAAUCCAAUGUUAACAAAAGAAGAUGUAGAAUCUUUAAAUGGUUCUGUUAUUUUUAAAUCAGGAAUGGAUCGAGUGAAUCUCACUAUUCAUAUAUUGGCAGAUAAUGUUCCUGAAUUAGAUGAAGAAUUUACUGUAGAACUAGUUGAACUCAUUGGUAUCAGUGAUAGAUUGAGAGGAGGAGCAAAUGUGGCUCAAGUAACUAUUUUUCAAAAUGAUGAUCCUGGAGGAAUAAUUAGCUUCUCUAAUGUAGAUCCAAUCUUAUUAGAGGAAAAUUCAUUUACAGAAAUUGAGAUAAUUAGAACUGGUGGAUUGUUGUUGCUUCAACAAGUAUUUUUUGAAGUAGUAUUAGGUAGCAUGGAUUUUCAACAAUAUAAAGUAAUAAUAACCUUUCCAGUUGGUAUAUCUAUGAAAAAACAACUUUUGAUUCCUAAGGAUGAUGAUUUGCCAGAGCUCAAUGAAACAUUUACUGUUACAUUAACUUCAAUAUCUGGAUCGGUUCUUGGAAUGAACUCUACUUUUAAUAUUACCAUUUUACCUAGUGAUGACCCUUAUGGAUUGAUUUCAUUUAAAAGUAAUUAUGAAAACAUAAAUAGAGAAGUUUGUGAAAAUAAAAUUCAGUCUGUUCCAGUUUCUUUUCUUGUGAUGAGAAAUAAAGGUUUGUUUGGAAAGUUGCAAGUCACGUGGAUAGUAUAUGAAGUAAAUAACAUAAAUAAUACAAUGUCAGCAGAAAAAGAUAUCUUACCUGUGUCUGGUGUUUUGACAAUAGAAGAAGGAAAAGAUUCUGCUUCUAUUACUAUUUUUAUACAGAUGGAUGAGGAACCAGAAGAAGAUGAAACAUUUUUUGUUAUAAUAGAAAGUGUUAAAGGCGGAGCUACUAUUAAACAUCCAUUACAGGCAGUUUUGAAGGUUCCUGCAAAUGAUUUUCCCGUUACAGUUACACCUUCUACAAUCAACCUGAUCGAAGGAAGCAAUACAAAUUUAAGCAUUCACCUUAGUAAAAUGUUUUCUGAAGCUGUAUAUGUUGGUAUAAAAAUAAACUUUAUAAAUGCGUCAGAAAAUGAUUUUUCUCCUAUAAAAAAAACCAUAACAUUUUUGCCUUUUGAGACAGAAAAAUCUAUUACACUACAAGCAAUAACAGAUGGCGUUCCAGAGUUGAAUGAAACGUGUAUAUUCUUUCUUGCUUCCACUACUGGUGAUACUGUAUUAUACUUAAACUUUUCUAGUGAAGUCACAAUUUUAGAAAAUGAUGAUCCAUAUGGGGUAUUUUGCUUCAGUGAUAUAAAUCCAAUUUACACUGAAGAAGGGAAAAUCGUAAAUAUAAGAGUUAUUCGUCAGAUGGGUUUAUUCAAAAAUGUAACUGUUCAUUGGAGUACUGAAAAAGUAAGCACAGAUUUGUUUUUAGAGUUGGAUUUAGGAAACUCAAGUGGGACAUUAUUUUUUGAGAAUGGCCAAAAGGAAAAUACAAUCAGUAUUUUUGUCAUAGACGAUAAUAUACCCGAGUUGGAAGAGAGUUUUAUUGUUCAGCUUUUAGGUGUUACAGGGGCAAAUGCACAACUUGGAAUGAACAAAACUUUAAAAGUAAAUAUUCAAAACAGUGACUAUCCAAAUGGUGUUUUUGAAAUCAAUUCAAAUCUUUCUACUAGCUUACUUGCUGAGGAUAAAGAGGAUUCACCUUUAAAUGGACAAAUUAUAUUCGAGCGCAAAUAUGGGAGUUUUUUUUCAGCAAAGAUAAUCUGGCAAGUUUAUGCUACUUAUAAUAAGCAAACAACAGGAUAUGUUGCUUGGGAUUUGUUGUUUCAUGCAAGAAAUAAAAAAAAUGUUUUAAAAACUCAAAGUGUCAGAAUGCAUUCUUCAACAGCAGCAUACUACUUUAAAAAUGGAUGUGUAGCGAUAAACAUGACUGACUGUCCUUUCAAGAAUUUUGAUUUUGGAUUCUCAGUUGGGGUAUGGUUUAAAACAAAUGUCUCAACUCACAGUAUGUCUUUGUUUAAAAAGACAUCAAUUGAUGGAAUUGUCACUAUGGAUAUUUCUUUAGACAUGUCAAAGUUUUUUUUGCUGCUCAACAAGAGUGAGGCAACAAAAAACAAACAUAAUCUGGAGUGGGUGACAGAAUGGCACUCUUUUUUCAUUUCUGUUAAAUCUACUAUUUUUACAAUGUAUUUGGAUGGAAAUGUUUUGAUAAAUAGCUCUUUACCUGAAGUUACACUGAAACUCACAGAUCAAAUUUCAAUAGGAUGUGGACGAUUAUCACCAUUUGAUGGUUUUCUUCAGGAUUUCAGACUUUAUCAAGGAUUCCUUGAUGUUUGGGAUAUCAGAGCAGUUCAUCACAUUUAUCCAGUCAUCUCUCCAUCAAAUGGAGAGCUUUUUUUUGAUGUUGGAGAGACAAAAAAAGUUGUUUAUAUUCAAAGUGUUGAUGACACCAUGCCAGAAGCAGAUCAACUUUAUGAUGUUGGUAUUAUUGAUGUUAAUGAUGAUUUAGUUUUUAAAGACAAAGCUAUUAUCAACAGUGAAAAGUCUAAGAUUGCGAUUAAUGUCUUAAAGAGUGAUUUUGCAAAUGGAAUUUUUUUAUUGGAUAAAGCUACUUGUAACCAAGUUAUAUCUGAAAAAUCACAUGGAAUAAACAUUACUAUAAACAGAGUCCAUGCUUUAUUUGGUAAUAUUGAAAUUGAAUGGAAUAUCACAAGUCAAAAUGGUAGUAUUGCUAAUGAUGACUUCUUGAUAUCAAAUGGAACAGUUGCUUUCAUGGAAAAUGAGAACAAAAAGGUUAUUGAAAUAACACCAUAUGAUGAUUCACUUCCAGAGUUAGAUGAAACUUUUUUUGUGAAUAUAAGAAUUCAUUCAGUUGUGGAUCAACCUGUAAAAUCAUUUGCAAUGGUAAACUUUUCACAAUGUAAUAUUACUAUAAAUAAAAGCGAUCAUCCAUUUGGUAUCUUUCAGAUCAUAACCCCAAAUAUAAAUAGUGCAGUAUUGUUAUCAAAACCGUUGAAUGUGAGCAUCAAGGAAGAAAUUACUUUUUUAAGUUUAUAUAUUGUGAGAGUGAUUGGCUUUGAAGGCUCUGUUUAUGUUGAAUGGAGAACUCGUGGUUUUGAUGGAACCAACGAAACAUCUGGUUUGACUGCAAUACCUGGUGUUGAUUUUGAAGAAAGUAUUGGUUUUAUUAAAAUGGGGGUAGGAGAAAAUGUUGCUAACAUUUCAGUGAGAUUAUUUGAUAAUGAAAAACCUGAAUUAACUAAAUUGUUUCUGGUUGAAUUGAAGAAUCCAUUUAAUGCGGAGCUUGGUAAUGGUUCUGUUCUUUUUGUUCACAUACUUCCAAGUGAUGAUGCUCUUGGAAUAUUUUCUUUUCCUAUUGUUGAAUACACUACAUGUGAAGGAUCUUUUUUAAACAUCAGUAUCAAAAGAAGUGGCGGCACAUUAGGCAAUGUUAAAUUAGGAUGGAUUUUAGUGAAUGGAUCAAAUGAGUUUAGUUUAUCUCAAGGUGAAGUUGAUUUUCAAUAUGGUGUCACAGAAAGAUUUAUUCUUAUUCAGGCUGUAGAUGAUGAGAGACCUGAACUGACUGAAGUAUAUCUUAUUCAGCUGUUAAAUGUUAGUGGUGGGUCAAUAUCUUCUAUCAACCAAACUGCUAGUUUAAAAUUACUCAGUAGUGAUUAUCCUUAUGGUUUGAUUGAAUUUGAGAAAAAAUCUAUUGAAAUCGAAGAAAAAAUAACCCACAAUGCUUUUAUCCAAGUAAAUCGAAGUAAAGGUACUUUUGGGCACAUACGUCUUUAUUAUAAUACCAUUAAGGGCUUAAAUAAUCAGUCUAGUGCUACAAUGGGUGAAGACUUCAGUCUAAAUGGGUGUUAUCUCGAUUUUGUAGAUGGUCAGAAGUCUGCUGUUAUUAAUAUCACUAUUAUAGAUGACAAUGAACCUGAGAUGCUUGAAACAUUUCUACUUAACUUAACAGAUGUAGAGAUAAUUUCUGAAAAUAAUACAAAAAGAUUAAAUCUUGAAAAUGUUUUUGCAAGCACCCCUAAUAUGAUUACUAUCAAUAUAUUACCCAAUGAUAACCCAAAUGGUAUUUUAAACUUUCAAUAUGCUAAAGUUCAUGUUUCAGAAGACUAUAAUGACACUUUUUUAUCUGUUAUACGCUCAGAAGGUUUAUUUGGCAGAGUGUCAUUUGGCUAUUCAAUAGAAACUAUAUCUGCUGAAAUCGGAUUAGAUUUUUCUGUUUCAUCAUUUACUAUGAUUAUUGAAGAAAAUCAAAGCAGUAUCAUGUUACCAAUAUUUACAAUAUUUGAUGAGUUACCAGAGUUUAAUGAGACUUUUAUAGUGCGAUUACUUCCUGAUACAUUUUUGGGUGGACUUGUCAUGGGCCUAUUGAAUACAAGUGAGGUUACUAUACUUGAAAACGAUUUCCCUUAUGGUAAGAUAGGCUUUAGUAAACUAGAUGAUGUGAUUGCUUCAGAACCAGAAAUCUUGGAGUCAGGAAUUACAGAUCAAAAAGUAUUUAUAAAAGUUGUUAGGGAAGGAGGCAGCUAUGGUUAUUCACAAAUACGCUGGGUAGGUUAUCCAACAGUGCCAUGGUUUGGGGAUAAUGAUAUAGCUCCUUUAAAAGGUUUUGUGACUUUUUUAACUGGGGAAACCUCACAAAACAUCAUCAUCAAUAUCAUGCCUGACAGUAUACCUGAAAUUAAUGAGACAUACAUAAUUUUAUUAAAAGAAGUUUCUGCCGGAAAUGCAGUUAUUAAUGAUGUAAAAUCAUCAUUGCGUCUGAUAAUUUUAUUAAAUGAUAAUCCUUAUGGCACUGUUAAAUUUAUGGAUUCAGCUGUUGAUGUGUUAGAAGGAGAGAGCGAUUAUAAUGUAACACUGCGCGUCAAUCGAGUUAAUGGAAUGUUUGGUGACUUACGAGUUUUUUGGAGGACAAAUCACUUAAUUAGUUUCAAAGAAAAAGCCACACCUGGUGCUGAUUUUGGAUUCAUACCAAACCAGUUUUUUGUUAUUUCAAAUGCCUCAAGCCAAUCAGAAAUACAAGUUCUUAUUUAUAGUGACGAAGUUCCUGAACUUGACGAAAUGUUUCAAGUUGAACUUUUAGGUGUUGAAGUUGUUGAUGACAAUGUUUUAGUACAGGACAUGCAUGUUAUUGAUGAUAAAAAGUAUGUAAAUAUUACAAUACUUGAAAAUGAUGAACCAUAUGGCAUGUUUGCACUUCAUGGAUUUGGAAUAUCUAAAAAUAAUUAUUCUGUAUUUGAACCUGAAAAUACUAACUUAACACUGGAAUUUUAUAUAAGUCGCAAAAAAGGUGCUUUUAAGAGAGUAUCUGUAUCAUGGCAAGUGAAUAGUACAGAGAUAUCAAAAGAUGAUAUAUGUUGUAAUGGAGAAGUUAUUGUUUUUGAGCAGGAUGAAAGAUUGAAGUUUUUUUCCAUAUCUGUACUUCCAGAUCUCAUUCCUGAAAAUGAUGAAGAGUUCUCAGUUUACCUUUUAAAUUCAACUGAUGGAUCAAUUGUUGAUGGUAACAACUCUUAUAUAAAAGUUAUCAUACUUGCUAACGAUAACUUUGGAGGCAUCAUUCAGUUUUGCAACAAAUCCAUUGUGUUAUCAGUUAAAGAAGGGGAAAAGUUUAGCCUUUGUCUGCAGAGAUCAUUACCUGCAUUUGGAGAUGCUGUUGUUACAUGGAAAAUUAUUGGUGAUAAUGUCACUCAAGAUUUUGUAUCUGAUCAAGGCUUUGCUAAUUUUUCAACGGGGCAGACAAUCACAACAAUCAAUCUGGAAAGUAUUUUGGAUCAGGCUCCUGAAACUGAUGAGUAUUUUGUUGUACGUUUAGUUGCAGUCAAAACAGCUGGUGUUUCAAUUUCAGGUGCUGCUGUUUUAGAUGAAACUUAUCGAGAAUCUUUUCUUACAAUUGCAGAAAGUGAUUUUCCUAAUGGAAUAGUAGAGUUUGCAAAUGACAUUCCAUUGUAUGUGGAUGAGGGUAAAACACUGAAAAUCCUUGUUAUUCGUCAGUUUGGAAAGAUUGGUAAAUUAAACAUAUCUUACAAUGUGAUUACUGCACUAAAUAACAAAACCAUAAAUCAAGCUUCUGUACAAAGUGAUCUUCACAAGCCAAAUACAAUGUUGACUAUCCCUGAUGGAGAAGAUUCUGGUAUUAUUUCAAUUGAAAUUGUUAAUGAUAAUAUACCUGAACUUGAUGAAGAGUUUAAAGUUGAAUUAAUGUCCGUCAGUAUAAGUGGGACUUUCAAAAAUUCAUCGUCUUUAUUGGGUGUCAACAAACAAAAGCGUAUUAUUAUAACAGCAAAUGAUGCACCACAUGGUGUUUUGACAUUUGCUUCCACAUCUUUAAAUUUGGUGGUCAAAGAAGAAAACACAACAUUCAACUUAACUGUAAUUCGCUCAUUUGGCUUGUUUGGUGAUGUUUACUGUUUUUAUUUUUUAAACUAUUUUACGGCUAACUCAAAUGAUUUUUAUAUAAAUGGUGAUGUAAUGAAUGGUGGUCCUGUAAAACUUUUGUUUCUGGAUGGUCAAAGCGAAGCAAAUAUUACUGUCUACAUCAAUGAUGACAACAUUACUGAAAACAAUGAGUUUUUUGAAUUAGGAUUAACCACUCAAAAUGCAAUUAAUAAUGGAGGUGUAGAAACUGGUGUACCUAGCCGUACAUCUAUAACUAUAUUAGCAAAUGAUGAUGCUAAUGGGGUCUUUUUGUUUUCAUCCAAUUCUAGAAACAUUGUACUUUCUGAACCAGAGAGCUUUGAAUUGAUUUACUAUGACUUUGAAGUGGAGCGUUUACAAGGUUUAUUUGGCAAAGUUAUUUUGGAAUGGAGAGCAUAUAAUUCAACAGCAAUAAAUGACAUUUCACCAAUAAGCGGAGUUUUACAGUUUGAGGAGUAUCAAAGAUUUGGAACAUUCCGAGUAUAUGUUUCACCUGAUGACCUUCCUGAAUUAGAGGAAGUAUUCUUACUUGAAUUAAAUGUUUUAUAUGGAGAUGCAAGACUUGGUGUGGUUUCUUGUGCUUUAAUAACUAUUUUAGCAAACGAUUAUCCAUUUGGUUUGUUUUCAUUUUUUUCUGAAAAUACAAUUUAUGUGGAUGAAUCACAAAAAACAGUAAAGGUUGCUGUUGUUCGUAAUCAAGGCACAUUUGGUAAUGUUACGGUAGAGUUUACAACUGAAUCAAAUACUGCUGUGAGUGAAACUGGUAAUCAACCCAUGCUAGGUGUUGAAUUUAACUUCCUUAUAGAUAACGUUUUAGCAUUUCUUAGUUUUAACUUGGCUGGAAAACAACUGGUACUUCUUAGUACACAAGAAAGCACAAAAUUGUUUGAAUGGCGAGGAACAUUUGUAUAUAUUCUUGAUUUACCAUUAAAAAACUUGUCAAAAAUGCUGACUUCUAUUAUUGAUACGGAAACUAUUUUAUUAGUAAAAGAUCAUCUCUCUGUACAAAUUUACUUAUUAAGUAAAGAUUUUUCACUUACUCAUGUUCAAACAAUGCAAGAUGUUGGAAUUUCAGAUGUUUUAAUGUUUAAAAUUAACACAAUUUUGUAUUUAACAAUUACUAGAAAUAAAGAUAAUGAGGGAGAAAGUAUUCUAUGGCUGCAGUUGUAUGAGUGGAGAAAUAAUAUUUUUUUUAAAUUACCAUUUUCUGGGAUUCAAACAUUUUUUGGAGAAUCAAUGGCCUUCAUAUACUUCAAUGGAGAUUAUUAUGUAGCUGUGGCAAAUCAGUUCAAUAGAUUAAGUAAUUCCUACAACAUCAAAUCCUAUGUCUACAAAUGGGAUAUUAAAAAUGGGUAUUUUGUAAUGUAUGGUGAAAUUCAAACUUACAAAGCCAAAGAAAUCAAUUUCUAUGAAUAUGAAAAAAAUUUGUUUGUAACAGUGGUUAACGAUUUGGGAGGUUGCCAGUUGCUGAAGCAUGACAUGAAAAUACAUGAACGGUUUUCUCUUGUGCAGAAGUUUUCUAGGCAGUGUAUUAGUCUAAAAUAUUUACAUUUAAAAAAACAUAUUUUUCUUGUUGUUGUUGGUUCAACUUCAUAUCUUUAUAAAUGGAAUAUGAACAGCUAUUUAUUUGAAUUCCAUAUGAUGCUACCUAUUUCAAAUCUUCAUCUGAUUGAGUCAUUUUACAUAUCUAAUGAAAUGAAAAAUUCUACUCUCCCAUAUUUGGCAGUUUUUUCUUCUAACAGCAGUAGCGUAUUAAGAAUUGAAUAUCUAAAAAAUUCUUCAGAUUUUUUCUUCAGAAGUGACAGGUUAUAUUUUAUGGAAGGUGAAAAAGUUUUGGAAUUUUUUCUUUCAAUUGUUGAUGACGAAGUUCCAGAAUUUGAUGAAAUUUUUAAAGUUCGUCUUCUCAAUUCUUCUGGUGGUUCUUCCAUUUCUUCAAGUUCUUCAAUUAAUAUUGUUAUAAUGUCAAAUGACAACCCUUUUGGAAGAUUUAAGUUUACUGAUUCUUCGUUGCAUCAGAUAAUAGAAGAAUUAGAUAUUGACUCUAUAUUUUUUGUAUGGGUUCAGAGGGAGUUUGGUUGCAAUGGAGUAGUUAAUGUUAGGUUUGACAUUGUUGAUACUACCAACAACAGACAAGAUAAAGUUUAUCCUCAAUAUGGGAACAUUAAAUUUUUUCCUGGUGAUAGUUUAAAAAAAAUUAAUCUGUAUUUAAAAGGAGAUUUUGUUCCUGAGUUAGAAAAAAAAAUUUUGAUAAGGCUAACAGAUAUUGAGACAAUCAAUGGCACAAGCAAUAGUAAGGCUACCAUAAACUACAACAAAAAUAUUGCAUCUAUAAUAAUUCCUGCAAAUGACGAUCCAAAUGGUGUUUUUACUUGGAAAAGUUCAACUUAUGUAAUUACAAAGGAUAAUAAUGUCAGUUCAUUAUUAGUUUUAAAACGAGAUAAAGGGGCAUUUGGUUCUGUAACUAUUCUGUUUGAAACUGUAAUUCCUUUAAAUGUUGGUCCAAGAGAGAGACCAGCCAGACCAUUUGUUGAUUUUAUACCUAUCAAAAGCAAUGUAACUUUUUCAGAAGAUCAGAGAGAAGCCUUUGUUUUUGUUGAAGUAAUUCAUAAACUGGAAGAGAGAAAAAUAAAUGCAACCUUAAAUGAUGGACUUUAUGAUUAUAAUGAAGUCUUUUUUGUAAAUAUUACUGAGGCUUAUUUAACGGUUGAUAAGCAUACUUCUGCAAGUAUUCUAUCCAGUCUUACACAGGUUGUAAUUACUGAGUUAAUUCAGCAAAAUGGAAUAAUAGAAUUUAGUUCUUCACUUGAAUUAUUAGCUGAUGAAAAUAUUGGUACUUUAGAAGUUAUGGUUUCACGAAAUGCUGGUUUUAAUGGAUCGGUUGGUGUUUACUUUGAAGUUGUAUUUGGCACUGCUAGCAAUUAUGAUAUCACACCUGCAUACGGAACAGUAAGUUUAGGUGACAAUCAAAAAAGUGGAUUUAUUCUAAUAAAAGUUGAGAAUGAUAACAUUCCAGAAUUUGAUGAAAACUUUACAAUAGUUUUAACAAAGCCGUUUGGUGGAGCUAAAAUUGGUGCUAUUAACAAUCGCUCUGUAAUAAUAAAAGAAAAUGAUUAUCCAUAUGGCUUGUUUAGUUUGAAAAAACAUGAUCAUAAUAUUGAAGUAGAAGAAGGUGAUAAAGUAAUGCUUUUGGUUUUUCGAGCCUAUGGCAUAAUAGGAGAUAUAAAAAUUAAAUGGAAAUGUAAUGGAACUAACACAAUGAUAUCAUUGCAAGAAGGAACUAUUUAUUUUUUAGAAGGCGAAACUUCAAAAAACAUUAGUUUUGUAGUCAUCGAUGAUGAUAUACCAGAAUUAAGUCAAAUAGUUUUAUGUGAAAUUACUUCAGUUUCAGAUCCUGCAGUGCUUAGUAAUUCUAGUAAAAUUUUUUUUAUUAUUAAAGCAAGUGACAAACCAUAUGGUAUUUAUAUUGUAAAUCCAUUGUCUCGAGUUCAUAUUGGUUUUGAACCAAGUAAUGGAAUAGGAGGAAAAAUUAAUAUUAGUGUUCUGCGUGAAAUUGGACAAGCAACCUUAAGUACAUUAUCUUGGAAAUUUAAUUCCUCAUCACAGUCUAAAGGCAAAGAAACAUUUAAAGAAACAUUUGGGACACUUACUUUCAAAAAAGGAGAAGUGGAAAAGAUAAUUACAUUAGAGAUCCUUGAUGAUGACAUACCUGAAGAGGCGCAAAUGUUUGAAUUAGUACUCUAUAAUCCUACAGAUGGAGCUGAGCUUUCAACUGAUUUAAAUUCAAGUAUUUCUUAUGUUUUUGUUGCUGCUAGUGAUAAUCCCUAUGGUUUGUUUGCAUUUGCCAAUGUUCAAUGGAACGUAGAGGAGAAUGUUGGAGUAAUCAAUAUUCCAGUGUUAAGAUCUGCUGGACUUAUAGGAGGUGUCCAUAUUGGUUAUCAACUUAUUAGCUUAAGUGCAAUACACGGAGAAGAUUACAGUCCAAAAUCUGGAGUUUUAUUUUUCCAACCUCAUGAUACAGCGGAGGUCAUCCAAAUUACUAUCUAUGAUGAUGUUAUUCCUGAACUUGAUGAAAUGUUUAUGGUUAAUUUGACAUACGCUGAACUAGAUCACUUUAUAAAUUUCAAUGAAGUUGUACUAGGAUAUAAGUUAAAUAUACCACCAUUGAUAACUGGCUGCUGCCAAACUUUUCAAAUCAAUGCAAAUGAUGAUCCAUAUGGAGUUUUAGAGUUUCCUGUUAACAAAAUUGUUGUGCGUGAGUGUGACCAUGUUAAAAUACCAGUUGUAAGAAGAGCUGGCUUGUUUACUGGCUCAAAUCUUAGUUUUACCUACUUGCCAUUAAAUGCUACUGAAAAUUUAGAUUUUUUUAUAAAUUCCUCAAUAUUACAGUUUCAUGAAAAUCAAAACUCAUCUUUUAUUGAGGUGUGGUUAGUUGAUGAUGAUGAACCAGAAGAUCAGGAGGCAUUUGAGAUUAGGCUAUUGUCUGUGGUUGGUUUUUCUAAAAUAGGUCAUCAAGACAAACUUCUUGUAGUGAUUGAAUCAAGUGAUAACCCAAAUGGGCUAUUUGGUUUUUACAAUUUACAAAAAACUGUUUAUGUACAAAAUCCAUCACAAGUUACUGUGUUGUGUUUUAAUUUAUCAAGAAUAGAUGGGAUAGCAGGAAAAGUUGUAGUUGAAUGGAUGGUUGAAAAUGUAGAUCAAUCUCCUGUGUUAGAAGAUGUUUCACCUGACAGAGGUUUUGUAGUGUUUGAGGAUAAACAAAGUGGAACUAAAGAGCUGAAAAUUUCAAUUUUGCCUCAUCUUGACGAUCAUGAACUUGAAGAACAGUUUGUAUUACGUUUGGUGAACAUAUCAGGUGGAGGGAAAAUUCAAUCUACAGCUGAUUCUUUGAUUAUUGUUGUUAAAAAAAAGGGUUACCCUAAUGGUUUGUUUUCUUUCAUACAAACAUUGAUGGAAGUUAAAGAACCAACAACUGGUUUCAAUAUUGUUAAGAUUAAAGUGGUGAGGGAAUUAGGAUUAACAGAUGUGGUUGAGGUGUCAUGGUCAAUAGUUCCAGUCUCUAAUGGAAGCAGCUUUGAUGAUUUUACAUUCAAUUCUAGUUCAUUAAAGUUUUUAAAUGGAGAGAGUUCUAAAUUUAUUUAUAUAAACAUAACAUCUGAUCACAUACCAGAAAUAAAUGAGACAUUUUAUCUAAUGUUGUUAUCCGCAACUAAUUUUGGAGAAAUUCAAAAAAAUGCUAGUGUGUUGGAAUUAGUGAUUCUUGAAAACGAUGAUCCUUUUGGAGUAUUUAAACUUUCAUAUGUGACAUUGUUAAUUAAGUCAGGUGAAAGAUUCAUUGACUUGGCAGUUGAACGGAACAAAGGAACAUUUAAUGAAGUAAAAGUAUUUGUUCUCAUAACCUUUAUGAACAAUACAAUAUUUAAUGCUGAACUUUAUUUUCAAGAGGGAUGCUCCUAUUUAAAUCAAGUUAUUAAGUUUAACAAUAGUCUCUUUUUUUCAAAUGGUUCUAUUUUGAGUAUUGAGGUAAUAAAUGUUGUCCUAAUUACCGAGAAACUGACUUUGACUUCUCCUCAAAUUAAUUGUACAACCUCAAGAAGAGAAUUAUCUAUUCCGGAAAUUAUGUCUAACUCUGUUGUUAAUAUCUUUCCAAGUUUUACAUUAUUAAGCAAUGGAAGUGUUUGUGUUUAUUUAACAAGAAUUGGUUUAUUUUCAUCAAUUGUUGUAAAUAUAAAGACAUCUGUUUUUACAAAUAAAUAUGAAUUUAUAGAUGGUCUUCUGAAACCUUCUUUUCAAUCAAUAACUAUGCCUCAUGGUACAAAAGAAGUCCUAGUAUCAUUUAAUGUUGUAGUUCCAGAUAGAAUUACUGAACCAUUAAAUUACAAAAUGUUUAUAAGCAACUUACAACCAAAACCAAAUCAGUUAGGUUGGCCUACUCUUGGUCUUCAUUCUGAGUCAGUGAUUGAUCCUCAUGGUAUUGUACAAGUUAGCAGGACUUGUCUUGAAAUAUCUGUUGCAGAGGGAGGGUUUAUUGAAAUUGUUAUAGAGCGUAUUCUUGGGGCACAAGGCAAAGUAAGAGUUUUUUAUGAAACAAAAGCUUGUAUUUUGAACCCAGCAUUACCUGGUAUUGAUUUUAUUGAAAUUAGCUCAUUUAUUGACUUAGAAGAUGGGGAAAUCAUAAAAAAGAUUCCAUUAUCCACUAUUGAUGAUAUUUUAUUCCCAUUACCAGAAGACCGGAAGUGUUUUCAGUUUUUAUUAAUUUCUGUACACCUGAUUACAACUUCACUUACAAAUAGUUCUCCAAGAUUAUCUUUCAAUAAUGCAUCAACUGUUUUCAUAGAAGAUAAUGAUUUUCCAUAUGGAUUUUUUUCAUUUACAAAUUCAACAUUUGAUGUAUUUGAAUCAAAUAUAGGUUUUGCAGAAAUAGAAGUUAAGAGAUUAGGUGGAUCAUUUAGUGAUUCAAAGGUUGAGGUUGUGAGCAUUGGUGGUGGAGAAAGUUGGUCUGAUGAAGUUCUAAAGAGUUUUGCAAAUCAGAGCAUUGAUAUGAAUAAAGAAUCAUUUAAAAUAAAGUAUCGGGCAUCUGCUGGAUCUGAUUAUGCGGUUGUCAAGACAACUUUGGUGUUUCCAAAAACCGAUUUACUGAACUUAAAUGGCCAAGUUCAAAAAGUCAAUGUUCGAAUUUUCGAAGACUAUGUUUCUGAGCCUGAUGAAGUUUUUUUUUUAGCUUUAAGCAAUGCUACUGGAGGAGCUCAAAUCAUGUCACAUUUUAUCACAUCUGUCAAUAUAAAAGCUAGUGGGUUGAUUGGUGGUGAAGUGGGGUUCAAACAAAAGGUUGCUGAAAUAGAUGAAGAUGGAGAUCAAAGUUUAAGUUUAGUAAUUUCAAGAUUUGGGGAAUCACUUGAAAAUGUCACUGUAUCCUGGAUGAUUUAUCAUCCUUUUGAUCUCAAGGUUUUGAGUCAGUUCAAAGAAAAAUCUGGAAAAAUUAUUAUACCAGCAGGUAAGCAUGAGGGGUUAUUGAGGCUUUCUUUAAUUCCUGAUGAUCAUCCAGAAACACUUAAUUGGGCAUUAGUUAAUAUUACUGGAGUUUCUAAAGGUGCAUUUGUACGAAAGUUAGAUUCAGCUGUAAACAUAACACUAUUAGAGAGUGACGCUCCUGCUGGAAUUGUUGGAUUUGAUAUUCAAUCAAGGUAUUCAGCUGUAGAUGCAAAAGAAAAUUAUGUUACUUUAAUUAUAAGUAGAUACAAUGGAACAUUAAAAAAUAUCUCCAUCACAUACCAAACCUUGGUUGUGAAUAAUGCUGUUAAAGAUGCUGGCAUAGUUUUUUAUCCAGCUGUUGUGGGAAGUGAUUUUCAGCACAUAAAUGGCAACAUUAAUAUGGAUAUAGGACAGUUGUCUGCAAAAAUUAUUAUAAAGCUUUCACCCGAAAAAGCCUUACUUACAUUAUACCCAAAGAUUUUCAAUGUUGUAUUAGAAACUGCAACAAAUGGUGCUAUUCUCCAUAAAGAUUAUUCAAAUGCAGUAGUUGUUAUUUCUACGGAAAAUGCACAAUUUUUGAAGUUACGUUCUACUUUAUUCAAUUUACCUAUGUUAGAUUCUCAAAUUUCUUUAGUUUUGUCAUCAAUUUUAAAAAGUCUUUUAUCUAAAGUCCCAUCUUAUGAAGAUCAGCAGGUAAUUAAAACAACAAUAGAGGAGAUUCUUAAUUUUAAAAACUCUGAAAAACAAGGGUACAAGCGCAUUAACAAAGACUCUAUAGGUAAUCUUCUUCAGAUUUUUAAUAUACUUCUUGAUUCUCGGUGUUCAGAGUCCAAAGGAAGAUCAUUUUGGGUUAAAAAUUUAGAAAACUUUGCUUUCCAUUUGUUAAAUGAUUUACCGUGUUCAAGUUCAGUUUUUUAUAAACUGUCAAACUAUGAUUUAAAGGCUUACAGAAUUAAUAGUACAAUAUUAGAAGGUUUUGUCUUAAAAGAUGGGUAUAGUUCCUUAAGAUACUCCAAUAGUGAGUUUUCUAAUAACCAUGAAUUGAACUGUUUGAACUUACAGUUUUUAGUUUUAAAGAAUUCUCAUUUGUUUAUUUCAGAUAAAAAUGUUCUCAAUAACAAGAUUAUGUCAUCUUCUGUUAUAUCAGGUUUAAAUCCUGACCAGAAAGUUAUUUUUCGUGUUUAUACCUCUAAAAAGCGUGUCACAAGUGUUUUAGCAAAAUGUGUGAUAUGGGAGCAUGCUGCUUCUGGAAAUGGAUUUUGGUCACCCACGCAUUGUAGGCUAGUUUUGCAAAAUAAAAACUUUGUUGAAUGUGAGUGUGACCACAUGUCAGAGUAUGCUGUUUUGGCAUCUAGCGAUAACAACACUGGUUUUGAUAUAUACUUUUUUGUUGCUUGCUUUUUUACUGGAGGUGCAUGUUUUUUUGCAUUGCUUGGUCAUCACUGCUGCUCUAUAGAAAAGACAUUUACCUCAAAUCUAUUAAUGCAUAUGUUUUUUGCUGUUAUGACUAUAAAUAUUUUAUAUGCAGUUGGUGCAUACCUGAGUCCUACAUUAUUUUAUGAUCAUGAGGCAUGCAGCGUUUUAGGUGCAUUUCUUCAUUAUUUUUUUUUGGCUCAGUUUACAACAAUGUUUGCUCAGACUUGCAACUUAUGGCGCAUCCUUGUAAUGAAUGAUGAACACAGUUAUAGAAAAUUUAUCAUUUUUUUUCUUAUUGGUUGGGGUUUUCCGUUUGUUAUUAUUAUCUGCUAUGUUUUUAUAACAUAUGCUAUUUGGGGAUGGAGUUUUGUUAAAAUGUACGCAGAUGUCCAUAUUGAUGGUGAUAUGUGCUUCAUUCCUCAAGCUUAUGCAGCUUUUUCAGUUGCUGUUAUUCCUGUUUUGCUGCUUAUAUUAGCAUCAAGUAUAGUUUUUGUGCAAGCCUACCAACUUACUCCUCAAUGGAAGUCUUAUGACGAUGUGUACAGAGGACGUUAUAAUAUAAAAGAAGUGCGUCAUGUCAUGAUUCUCUUUGCUUUAAUUUCAACAACAUGGUUGUUUGGUGGAUUACAUUUAGCAUACAGAUAUAUGUGGAUGAUAAUAGCUUUUACAUUUUUUAAUGUUAUUACAGGCUUAUAUAUUCUGUUUGUUUAUGCAAUUUUUCGAAACCAAAUGCGCCAUAUUACUAAAGGAGAGUAUGAUGUGAAGCAAACCGAAGAUAAUAUGGAGCUACCUAAUAUUAUUUAUAGAUCACCUGAAUUAAAAACGAAUAAAUUUGCUCAACGAGACUACUUAGAUUUAAAUGAGUGGGAUACUGUUGAUUUAAGGCCUAUGACACCUGUUUCAACCUCUGCAAGUAUUUUAAAAACCAGAUCAGUUGAUCCUAGAGUUCAGUUGACACCUUCUUCUUCUAGGGUUCGCGGUGUUAUGAACGAUAUUUAUUUCGAAAAUGAAGACAAUAAUAGUGGUGACAACGAUCAUGAUCAUAAUGAGUAUGAUGAUGCCAGUGACAAGUUGGAGUCAGCUGAGUUUGAAGAUUUGAUUUUUGCUCUAAAGUCAGGACGUGGUUAUGUUUCUUCUCAAAAUGAGGACUCAAUAGAAAAUUAAAGUGGUUUCGACUAAAGUGAGUGAUUUUUAAUAAAAUAAAUUAAAAAAAAGACCGGAAUUAUAUGUGCUAAUUUAAAGAGAAUAGGAAAUGAUAUACGAAAUAAAGAAUAAGAACAGAAGAAAAAAAAGUUAAUUACAUGAUUUUUAUAAAAUACUUGUUUAAAGAAAAAUGAUAAAUUGGAAUUAACUAACUUCUGAUUUUCUGAUUGGCAGAUAACUCACAAGUUGAUUACCAGCGUCAAUCGUUGAUAUCCUAUUAAAAACAAGGUGUAUGAUGAAAUUCUUUAGUUGAAUGUUGAUUAUUUUUUAAAACGUUUUAUUAUUAUAUAUACAUUUUUAAUAUAAACUAAAAGAAAAAAUAGAGAUAUUAAAAAAACGAUAGCCAAAAAGAAAAA